CUUUUGAAUUAAAGAAAACAAUAACAUAAUAAGUGAUUGACCAGUCUGACUUACGACCUAUAGCUAUGAUAAGGGCGAGGUUUCAAGUACCCGACAGAGUAUAUAAGACCCAAGUGCAGCAAGCAGCAAAGCAUUGCAGACUUGAAAGCGAUCGGAAAAGGCAACUGUGAUAAUGAAAUUUCUCGUGGUGUUCGCGUCGUGCGUGCUCGCCGUCAGCGCCGGCGUCACUGAAAUGUCCGCGGGAAGCAUGAGCAGUUCUAACAAAGAACUCGAGGAGAAACUGUACAACAGCAUCCUCACCGGUGACUACGACAGCGCUGUCCGUCAGAGCUUGGAAUACGAGAACCAAGGCAAGGGCUCCAUCAUCCAGAAUGUAGUUAACAACCUGAUCAUUGACAAGAGUCGGAACACCAUGGAGUACUGCUACAAGCUGUGGGUCGGCAACGGACAGCACAUUGUCAGAAAGUACUUCCCCUAUAACUUUAGACUCAUCAUGGCCGGAAACUUCGUUAAGCUCAUUUACAGAAACUACAACCUCGCUCUGAAGCUCGGCCCCACUCUUGAUCCCGCGAACGAGAGACUUGCAUACGGCGAUGGUAAGGAAAAGAACAGCGACCUCAUCAGUUGGAAGUUCAUUACCUUGUGGGAGAACAACAGAGUGUACUUCAAGAUCCACAACACUAAGUACAACCAGUACUUGAAACUAAGUUCGACGACUGACUGCAACACUCAAGACCGUGUUAUAUUCGGCACCAACACCGCCGACACCACCAGGGAGCAGUGGUUCCUCCAGCCCACGAAGUACGAAAACGACGUCCUGUUCUUCAUCUACAAUCGCGAGUACAACGAUGCUUUGAAGCUCGGUAGGAUUGUGGACGCUUCGGGAGACCGUAUGGCAUUUGGACACGAUGGUGAAGUAGCUGGUCUCCCUGACAUCUUCUCCUGGUUCGUUACACCUUUCUAGACAAUCAGAGGCAACGCUUCAUGCUUAUGAAUAAUGAAAUAAAUGAUCACUCUUAAGUUUU